AUGGGCCACCGUCACCGCAUGGACGAUGCCUCGUCUGUCUCAAGCUACUCGUCCGGCGGCUCGUCCCGUUCGUCCUCGAGGUCUUCUUCAAGCUCGGGAAGUUCCAAGAAGUCGAGGUCGUCCGAGGUGUCCCACUCCAACAUCCGGAGCGACCAUUGGGCCGUCUCUCUCCUGAAAUACACUGCCGGGGCUCCAUUUGGCAAGCCAAUGUCUCUGCGCAAGACCAAAGUUCGCGAGUACCAGGAGGACUGGGAUGAUGACGACGCCGCCAGCAUCUACAGUGAUGUUUCGUACACCACCUACGCCUGGGUCAAGCCGAAGUGGGACGACAGCAUCUCUGAGAUCGCCUCCAGGUCCAGCCGCCGAAGCAACGGACGCCGUGGGAGGGGCCAGAACGACUAUGGCCGGCCUCGCUUCACCAUGCCCCCUCCCCCGCACCAGCAACCACCCCCGUUCGGCCACCCGCCCCCACCUCCGCAGUUCAUGGCGCCUCCGGGUGCCCCGAUGUACGAUGAGAACCCCGGCUUCGUCGACAUGAACGCCGGAUACCACCAUCCUCCUCCUCCACCACCACCGCCUCCUCCUGCUUUCGGAAGCGGUGGUGCCCCGGCCUUCUUUGAUCUCAAUGGUGGUGGUGGAGGUGGUGGCGGCGGUGGUCCCGGGAAGUACGAUGACUGGGCGUAA